AUGGUGCUGAUUGCUUGUCCUUUCUCAACGUCUAUUAUUCCCGGCUUGGCUUCUCGUUCGUUCCGCUCGUUCGCUCCUACUCUCCGUUCCCGCGUCGUGGCACCUUCGACUCCUCUCUCCGUCUCUUCGCGCUUCUUCACGGCCUCUCGUGCAUCUUCACCGAGUCCCAUCACCGCACAUCGUCUGAAUUGUCGCACCGAUAGCAUUCGAGCUGCAACGUACGCGACCAUGACCUGGACUCCCCCCAACCCCACCUCGGUCGGCGCUCCUGCCGUGCGCACCCCCGAGGACACCCACACGCAUGCAGCGGUCGCAGAGUACAAGCCUGUCCAUCUGCAUCUCGACUGGAACAUCGACUGGGAUGCACGCAUCAUCAAGGGCCGUGUCUCUCACAUCAUCGAGCUCCUCCAGCCGGGUCUCACUUCCAUCACCUUGGAUGCAAGCUACCUCAAGAUCAUCUCGGUCCACGUCGAAGGCAAGUCUGUCGACUACAGUCUCGGCACGCAGCGAGGAACCCUCGGUGCGCCUCUCCAGAUCCCAAUUCCCUCCUCGAUCAACAAGAAGGGCGACAAGGUGCAUGUCGACAUCGAUUACAGCACCACGGAGCAUUGCACCGCUCUCGGCUGGCUCACAAAGGAGCAGACCGCAGGCAAGACCAACCCAUUCCUCUACUCGCAGUGCCAGGCUAUUCACUGCCGUUCGCUCGUGCCCUGCAUCGACACGCCUUCUCACAAGAUCACCUACACCGCCACUGUGCAGUCGCGGAUCCCGGUCCUCAUGUCGGCCCUCAAGGACGACGCCAAGCCAAGCCAGGCUGGCACCUACCACUUCAAACAGCCUGUGGGCAUCCCCUCGUACCUCAUUGCCAUCGUCGGAGGUGACCUCGAGUUCCGCAAGCUUGGCGAGCGUACCGGUAUCUGGGCAGAGCCACCCAAUGCCGAUGCUGUCCAAUGGGAGUUCGAAGCCGAUGCCGAGCGUUUCCUCAAGCACGCAGAGAAAGUCAUCUCGCCCUAUUCGUGGACCCGUUACGACUCGGUCGUGCUUCCACCUUCCUUCCCUUACGGAGGCAUGGAGAACGCCAACUUGACCACGCUCACCCCUUCGCUCGUCUGCGGUGACCGAAGCUUGACCGAUGUCCUUCUGCACGAGCUCUGCCACUCGUGGUCCGGCAACCUCACUUCGUGUGCCAACUGGACCCACUUCUGGCUCAACGAGGGCUGGACCGUCUACCUCGAGCGUCUUCUGCUUCAGGAUGUCCACGGUCCAAAGGAAGGUCCAGCUCACCGUGGCUUCUCCUACAUCAUCGGCUCGAAAGCCCUCAAGGAUGCGCUCGAGCAGUUCACAGGCACCCCGCGAUUCCAGCGUCUCAUCCCCGCCUUCAAGGAUGGUGAGGACCCCGACGACGCUUUCAGCUCCAUCCCUUACGAGAAGGGCUCCAACUUCCUCCUCUACCUCGAGCGCACCGUUGGCGGCCUCGACAAUUUCCUCCCCUACGCAAAGAGCUACUUUCACGCCUUCUACAACCGAUCCGUCACCACGCAAGAGUGGCGCGAGCACCUGUUCAAGUUCUUCGAGGGCAACGCCAAGGCUACGGACGCGCUCAACAAGGUCGACUGGGAUGCGUGGUUCCACGGCGAGGGUCUCGAGCUGCCCGUCAAGAUGGAGUACGACACGACGCUUGCCGAGCAGGCCUUCUCGCUCGCUAGCCGAUGGAUCCAGGUCAUCGACGGUCAGACUUCGCUCGAGAGCGCCCACUUCAACCCUGCCGAUAUCGACGGCUGGAACGCCAACCAGGUCGUCGUCUUCCUCGAACGUCUGCACUCGGGCCCCAAGGUGCCGCUGGUCGUGACGCAGAAGCUCGACGAGGUGUACGGCUUCAGCAAGGCGACCAACGGCGAGGUGCUGCUGCGCUUCUUCGAGGUCGCACUCGAGGUCAAGGGUGGCAAAUACGCCCAGCAGGCUGCCGAAUGGGUCAAGGGCCAAGGCAGGAUGAAGUUCUGCCGAACCGUUUACAGAGCGCUCAACAAGGUCGAGCCCGAACUGGCAAAGAAGACGUUCCUCGACAACAAGAGCUUCUACCAUCCCAUCGCAGCUGCUCAGAUUGAAAAGGAUCUGUCCCUUUCCUCCUCGACACAACCUCCCUUGCCGCCCGUGAUCACGAUCUUUGGCAGCACCGGCACGGGUAAAACCAAGCUUUCCGUACAACUUGCCCAGGCCCUCUCCGCAUCCACCGACGCCCCCCAUACCGGGGCGGAGAUCAUCAGCUGCGACAGCAUGCAGAUCUACAAAGGGCUGGACAUUAUCACCAACAAAGCGACGCCGUCCGAGAUGGCCGGGAUUCCGCACCACUUGAUCGGCUUUGUUGACCCGGCGGAUGAUCUCGAGGGUGGGUAUGACGUGACGCAGUUCGUCGCAGACACCAAUCGUAUCGUUGACGAACUUGAGGAGCGCGGCAAAGUGGGUUUGGUGUGCGGGGGAACAACGUACUACUUGCAGCAUCUUCUCUUUCCUGGUCGUCUCAUCACCUCGUCUCCCGACGAAGAGGUGGAACUCACCCUCGACCCGCUCUACCAGUCGCUGAACGAGGAGGAGCGGGAGCUGUUGGACCGAGUUUCGGCGGGAAACGCUGGGAAGGUCGACCUCGCCGCUGCAGCCACCGCCGAUCCGGCGCUGAGUAUGAAGCUCUGGCAACUGCUCUCCAAGCUCGAUCCCACCAUGGCGGCGAGGUGGCAUCACCGCGACGCGCGAAAGAUCGCCAACUCUUUGCGGGUGUACAAAUCCACCGGUCGUCCACACUCCGCGUUGAUUGCCGAACAAGAUUCCCAUCCCACCCCACCUCCCUCCAGCAGCCGGGGAAGUGUGAGUGGGCGUCGGAAGCUCCUUUUCUUCCUCUGGUGCGAUCCGGCUGUUCUGCGAGAAAGGCUGGAUGCGCGGGUGGACGAGAUGAUCUCUCGCGGGUUGCUCGACGAAGUGUCCACCCUCCGCACCAUCGCACCCUCCCCGAGCUUCCAAAGCGGCAUCUUCCAAACCAUCGGCUAUCGGCAGUUCGCACGCUACCUCGAGUCUCCUCAGGAAGAUGCGUGGGAAAGGGCGGUGGAGGAGACCAAAACGACCACGCGUCAGUACGCCAAAUCACAACUCAAGUGGGUGCAGAACAAGCUCGUACCGGAGAUCCGACGAGCCCAGGCCAGAGGGGAGGAGGUCGAAGUCUUCCUUCUCGAUGCAACAGACGCGCAGAAGUGGGGAGAGAAGGUCUUGACCCCCGCACUGGAUGUCAUGCGCCGCUUCUUGGCAGGAGAGCAGUUGCCAAGCCCAAGAGAGGUCUCCAAUCCCACAGCGGCAGAGCUCUAUCUGUAUGCGGGAAGGAGCGAGAACCAGGCCCUCACAAGGAUGGGCGAAGGAGAUGGAGGGGAAGGAGGAAGGACGAUCGAGGCCAACAAGCUGUACACGUGCGAGGUGUGCACGUUCGAUCCUGUCCACCCGGUGCGCGUCCGAGAGGUGGACAGAGAUACGCAUAGGAAGGGCAGACACCAUAGGAACAACGUCAAGCGCAGAAUGACGGACGAGGAGAAGGAGAGGAGGAUCAGAGACAAGAUCGAACAGGGUGAACGGGUGAGGGCGCUGCGAGAGCAGUUGAAGCAGCAGCAGCAGCAGCAGCAGAGCUCAGCACAGGACCAAACAUAA